AUGAGUCGAGGCAUAGUUGUUUUCUCUGGCGGCAGUGCUGCUAACAGUCUUGUCGAUGUUUUCAAUUCCGUGCGAGACAGUAAAAAUUGUCCUCUGAGCUACAUCAUCCCCAUCAGUGACAACGGCGGCUCUUCGUCGGAAUUGAUACGAGUCUUCGGCGGACCAGGCAUAGGAGAUGUGAGAAGUCGUCUCGUUCGUCUUAUACCCACUCAUCCGAGGUCUACCGAACGUACUGCCAUUGCCAACCUUUUUAACCACCGUCUUUCCUCCUCCUCUUCCCACGCAGCCUCCGUCGAAUGGCAAGCCCUAGUAUCUGGCACCUCUCCGUUGUGGUCCUUGAUUCCCUCCUCCAAGAAACAACUCAUCCGCUCCUUCUUCAACCUCCUCAACCUUGAGAUACUCAAGCGCUCCCGCCCACCAACCUCAACCUUUGACUUUACUUCUGCAAGUGUUGGCAACCUGUUCCUAACCGGUGCUCGCCUGUUCAGCGGAAGCUUCGAAUCAGCUAUUUAUCUGCUGGGCAGCAUAUGUGGUGUGCCCGACGACAUAGUCCGCGUAAUCCCAGCCAUAAACAGCAACUUUACCCACCACAUUGCUGCCGGUCUUGCCGACGGCUCAGUUAUCGUAGGGCAGAACAGCAUCUCUCAUCCCUCGGAGCACACAGCUCUUGAAGCUCCAUCUUCGCCUUUGUCGCCCGGCAGUAAAAAACGUCGCAGCCGUCUUAGCCUAGGCGACCCGGAAGCCAUUCCUACGGAUGACGAACUAGCAGCAGCGACGCUUGACAGCGACCACGAAUUGAAGUAUGGAGGAGAAGCAGAUCCUGAACACGAGGACGCCAAUCUUCCGGGUAGCCUCGCGACGCUUCGCAAACCCAACAUCAAAUUCUCCAAAUCCUACUCCCACAACUCUUCGUCUCCCACGAAUGAUGACCUCCCCUCCCGUAUCGAGCGCGUAUGGUACAUCAACCCCUACGGCCAAGAAAUCUCUCCACCGCCAAAUCCCAGAGUAUGUGAAGCUAUCCGCUCCGCCCAAGCCAUCAUCUACAGCAUCGGCAGCCUCUACACAUCCAUCAUCCCAAGCAUUGUGCUCCGAGGCGUCGGAGAAGCAAUCCGCCAGUCUCCCGCCACGAGGACGAAAAUCCUGAUUCUGAAUGGGAGUCUGGAUCGCGAGGUCGGACCGAGACGCGAGCCAUUCACCGCACUGGAUUUCGUGGAAGCGAUCGUCAGGGCCGGGGAGGAGAGCAGAGGGGUGAGCUGGAGAGGCGUUUCACCGCAACGGGAAGCGGUACCUCCCACCGGCGAAGCAGCACCCGCAGCACCAACCGUCAAUGGCACCGCGUCCGCUCCUACCCCGCCGAAACCCCACCCCCCAUCAAUCCAUGCAACAUACAUAACCCACCUGAUCCACCUCUCCGGGGCCUCCGAGAUGGUCCCCCACGUCGACGCGUCCCGCCUCCGCGCCCUGGGCAUCCACACCGUGAAACUCUACGGCCGCAAGAUCGAGGAGACGAGCGCCGAUGGGGCGGAGACGCUGGUCAAGGGGAUGAAAUACGACCCCGAAGCGCUGAAGGGCGCGCUCGACACGAUCCUCGGCCGCAGGGGGAUGGGCGUGCUGGACAACGCGGCUGCGGGUGACGAGGUCGCGUUGGAGCUAGGGCCUGUGGGCAGGGGUCUGAUGACUCGGAGGAAUACUCUCGAGGCUUGA